UCUUUAACUUUUUAAAAAAAUUUAAAAGCUAAGCUCAUUAAUAAGUUUAACUUUUUUCUUUAUAAGUUUUUUCUGAUGCCGUUUAGAUUUCUAGGUUUGUCCGUGGAUUAAAAAUAUAAAUUAAGUAGUUACCAUGACAAACCCAGAGCAGGGGAGUCUUACUUGCGACUUAGACCCAAUUCUUGUCAUGAAUUCAUAUAAGAAACUUGAUCUCUUUUAUCUUACUCAGUUGGAAUCUAGACUUUCGUCAUGUCUAGAAAUAUCUCGGGGCAUCUUGAAAAGAGAAUCAGAAGUUGUUAAAAGUUACAAUAAUAUUUUGACGAAAUCGCAAAUCUUUUCCCCAGAGAGGCCGGGAUUAGAAGAAUUGGAAAAUCAGAUGAAAUUACUAGCUUUAGACAGGGAAGACCCACAUCGGCUUACAGACUCCUUUGUUGAUUAUAAUGACUUAUAUUAUGAAAAAAUUGCUUGCGUCGGAAAAGGCUCUUUUGGGGAAUGUUUUUUGGUGAAACAUAAAAAGACGACUAAGCGAUUAUGUCUAAAAAUAAUAGACCUAUGCAAAAAGAAUUGCGAUAUUGAGGAUGCCCGAGCAGAAUGCUCUUAUCUUAAUCGAAUUAAAAAUGUUAAUUGCAUGUCUCUCUUUGAUUUGCAUGUGAAUGUCAACAUGGAGUUGCACAUCUACAUGGAGUACUGCCCCUGGUCUUUGGAAAGUUUAAGGCUUUUGAGAACUCAGAAGGGCACCGUAAGGGAUCGUUUAGACAUAGAAAUUGUGUGGUGUUCCAUGUUUCAAGCUUUAAACGGGCUGGCUUACUUAAGUGAGUUUGGGUUAAGGACGCCGGGCGAAGAGAAUGAUCUCAAAAUUGCGCAUCUGGACAUCAAGAGUGAAAAUUUGAUGGUCACAUAUGAUGGGCUUAUAAAAAUAGCGGAUUUCGGAAUGGCCAUGAUUUUAAGAGGCAACGAAAAAGUUAACGAUGGCAUUCGACGAGGGAGUAAUGCCUACAUGGCCCCAGAAGUAAUGAAAAAUGAAGAACAUGACGAGAAGGCAGAUAUGUGGUCUCUGGGGAUCUCUUUUUACGAGCUGAGCCUAGGGCAUCUCCCACGAAGAAAAUCCAAAGACUCUUUUUGGCCCAGAACCAUUAAUUUACUAAGGCAAGUGUGCGACGAACGAAGGGCUCUUCACACAACGCAAGUUUUGCAGAAGAUGAUUGUGCCUGAUUGCAACCAGCGCAGCUCCGCAAUCGACAUUCUUAAGGGAAAUCUGUUUGCCUCCUACACGACUGCCAGCUGCCAGGAAGUCGUUGUGGCCGCCUUGAAAAAGGGAAAUAUUCUAUACGAAAGUUAUCUUAAGUUUGAAAAGGAGAUCAUUGCGAAAGGCCGAGAGUUUUACGUCGAAGUCCCUACAUCGAGCUCUUCAAGCACUGAUUCGGAAAGUGAAGAAAGCGAAGACGAGGAGGAAAGCGAGGAAAGCGAGGAAAGCGAGGAAAGUGGAGGCGGAGAAGAUAUAAGCGAGGAAGACUCGUAUGAAAUUGAAGAAAGCGAGAAUGAACAGUAAUCCUCUGGGAAAUUAAAAUAAAAAUUCUUUAAUAAUAAAAGCAACAACACCCCUA